CGUGACUGUGCGGUCUCUGCCUGACUUCCCACAGAGCCGGCCUCCAUCUCAGCCUCAGCCAGACAUGUCCAGCCUCCAGACACUAUGCUCCGGCCUGCCGCUGCGGCCCCUCCCGGAGAACCGGGGCCGCUGGGCUGGGGUGUCCCACGCACCGGUCAGGACCCCUGGCCUCAGCCCCUUGGAGGAGCAGCUGGCGCUGAGGAAUGCCCUGCGCUACUUCCCCCCGGAUGUCCAGGAGCUACUGGCCCCUGAGUUUGCCCAGGAGCUGCGACUGUAUGGGCAUAUUUACAUGUACCGGUUCUGCCCUACCAUGAAAAUGAGGGCCUACCCCAUCGAGCAGUACCCCUGUCGGACGAGAGCUGCUGCGGCCAUCAUGCACAUGGUCAUGAACAACCUGGACCCUGCUGUGGCCCAGUUUCCCCAGGAGCUCGUGACCUAUGGAGGAAAUGGACAGGUGUUCAGCAACUGGGCUCAGUUUUGGCUGACGAUGUCCUACUUGUCGCAGAUGACGGAGGAGCAGACCCUGGUCAUGUAUAGUGGACACCCACUGGGUCUCUUCCCCAGCACCCCCUGGGCCCCCAGGCUGGUCAUCACUAAUGGGAUGGUCAUUCCCAACUACUCCUCCAGGACAGAAUACGAGAAGCUCUUUGCCAUGGGAGUCACAAUGUACGGCCAGAUGACAGCAGGCAGCUACUGCUACAUUGGACCCCAGGGAAUUGUCCAUGGCACAGUGCUAACCGUGUUGAAUGCUGGCCGACGGUACCUGGGUGUCAAGGACCUCACUGGGAAGGUCUUUGUCACUUCUGGGCUGGGCGGAAUGAGUGGUGCACAAGCCAAAGCCGCAGUCAUCGUGGGGUGCAUCGGUGUGAUAGCAGAGGUGGAUAAAGCCGCCCUCAUGAAACGCCACGAGCAAGGAUGGCUGAUGGAAGUGACCAGCAGCUUGGACCACUGCAUUGAAAGACUCAGGGAAGCAAGGAAAAGGAAGGAGGUGCUCAGUCUUGGUUACCAUGGCAAUGUGGUGGAUCUUUGGGAGCGCCUGGUCCACGAAUUGGACACAACAGGGGAGCUCUUGGUGGACCUGGGAUCAGACCAGACAUCCUGCCACAACCCAUUCAAUGGUGGUUACUACCCUGUGCAGCUGGGCUUCGCAGAGGCCCAGAGCCUCAUGGCCUCUGACCCUGCUGCAUUCAAGGGCCUGGUCCAGGAAAGCCUGAGGAGGCAAGUCUCAGCCAUCAACAGACUGGCCAAGGAGAACUUCUUCUUUUGGGACUAUGGCAAUGCCUUCCUCUUGGAGGCCCAAAGAGCAGGAGCUGACGUGGAGAAGAAAGAUGCCAGCAAGACGGAAUUCCGCUACCCCUCGUAUGUCCAGCACAUCAUGGGGGACAUAUUCUCCCUGGGAUUUGGGCCUUUCCGCUGGGUGUGCACGUCAGGGGACCCCCAGGACCUGGCAGUCACAGAUGAGCUGGCCACGUGCGUGCUGGAGAAGGCCAUCGCUGAUGGAGUGAACCUGGCUGUGAAGCUGCAGUAUAUGGACAACAUCCGAUGGAUCCGGGAGGCCGCCAAGCACCAGCUGGUAGUGGGGUCCCAGGCAAGGAUCCUGUACUCAGACCAGAAAGGCCGUGUGGCCAUCGCUGUGGCCUUCAACCAAGCCAUCGCCCGUGGGGAGAUCAAGGCGCCGGUGGUCCUGAGCCGAGACCACCAUGAUGUGAGUGGCACGGACAGCCCCUUUAGGGAGACCUCCAACAUUUACGAUGGCUCUGCCUUCUGCGCAGACAUGGCUGUGCAGAACUUCGCAGGAGAUGCCUUUCGCGGUGCCACCUGGGUCGCUCUUCACAAUGGCGGGGGUGUCGGCUGGGGUGAGGUGAUCAAUGGAGGGUUUGGCCUCGUGCUGGACGGGACCCAGGAGGCCGAGCAGAAGGCCAGGAUGAUGCUCAGCUGGGAUGUCUCCAACGGAGUGGCUCGGCGCUGUUGGUCCGGGAACCAGAAGGCCUACGAGAUCAUCUGCCAGACGAUGCAGGACAACAAGGGCUUAGUGGUGACGCUCCCCCAUGAGGUGGCAGACGAGUGCAUGCUGCAGCAGGCCCUGCGGCCAUGAGGGGAGCCCUAGAGUCAGCCUUGCUUCCCUCACCCCCUUGAUUCCUGUCCCCACCCCCAGAGCCAUAGCACACCUGUCACUGCACACCUUUGUCUCCCAGGUUAGCAGUUUCCCACACAAACCCUCAUGUGGCCUCACGACUCCCUGGAGGGCAUGGUAUGGGACCAUCCACCAUUUACAAAUGAGCCAGCUCAGGCCAGAAGAGAUGGGAGUGUUUGCCGCUGACCUCUGGGAACCCUGGGAGGGCAUGAAAGUCUGGUCCAGAGCCCAAUCCUCUAGCUCGCCAUAGAGUAGACUCCAGGAACUUUUGGGGGCCGUGCAUGCCACAAAUACUGGGUAUCAACCAAGUCCCUUCAAAACCCCUGCCUCUCCUCCUACCAAGGGACCAGGGUUUCCUUUGGCCAGGUUUGUAUCAGUCAUUCUGCCUCCUGUCCACCUUCCAUCCACGCAUCCAGAUAUCUUUCCAUCUGCUGGCCUGUCUUGCUGUCUGCGAUGUACUUUUUGCCCCUCAGUGCCUCCAGCCAUGGGCCCAAAGGAACAUGGUCAGGCGCUGGGUUCGAGGGUCCAUGGAGGAAGACAGGGCAAUAAAGGAUUAGGAAAGAAAGAAGCCAUGUAAGGUGUCACGAGCAGGAUGGCCAUGGGCUGGUGGGAUGGGGACAGACAGGGUCCCUAAAGGGACAGUGGUAUUUUGUGAGAAAAAGGAGAGAGGAGGGGAGCCCCCGACUGCUGCCACAGCAUGGAGUGCAAGAAAACGCAGUCCAGGGACACCUGGGUGGCUCAGUGUGUUAAGCCUCUGCCUUCAGCUCAGGUCAUGAUCCCAGGGUCCUGGGAUCAAGCUCCCCCCACCCCAACGUCGGGCUCUCAGCAGGGAACCUGCUUCCCACUCUCUUUCUGCCUGCCUCUCUGCCUACUUGUGUUCUCUCUCCCUCUCUCUGUGAAAUAAAUGAAUAAAAUCUUUAAAAAAAAAAAAAAAAGUAAAAGAAAAUGCAGCCCAGUCCCUUUAGAGGGAGUUCCACUCCGGAACCCUGUUUGCAACCAGGUGUCCUGUAGGAGCCCUGCUGGGCCUGAGGCUGUAUUCCUACACGCUGCCCCCCUCCAGAUCUCUGAUCCCUACAGCUGCUGCACCCAUACAUAGCCCAGGUUCAGAUUUAAAGCGUCCAGACAAAGGGAGUUAUGUGGCCAUGCUUUUCCAGGCCUUCCUUUUGAAGAAGGCAUCCCCCUUUUUUAAAAAAGAUUCCCCUACUUUUAGGGCUCCCUUCUGCCUAUUGCCUCAAUUCCUGGUUGCCUGCUGCCCCGUCCUCUGGGGUGCUGCAGGAUUUGGGUGUGAGUGGCUUUCCCCAUGUGACCACCUAGCUCCUUGAGCUGAGACCAAGGUAGUAGGAGGAAACAAAGUAGCAGUGGGAUGGGGGGUUGGGAGAGAGUGGGGAGAAAAACCCCCAAAGACAGCACUACCCUCUGAUGGCAGUGAGGACAUUUGUCUUAUUUGGGUCACACUGGGGGACCCAAACCAAACCCUUUGCCUUCUUCAGAACAAGCCCCUUUGGGGAGGGGACUUCUAGCUUCUUCUGCCCUUCUAAUCCAGGGCAGACCAUGGCUUCACCCUCCCAGGAGAUAGGGUUGAGGGGGCAGGGAAACUGGGAGACUGCUUCCCUGUCCUUAGCAACCAAUGAGACAUCCCCUUGAUGUACCAUGUUUCAGUAGUAGUUGUAGGUGUACAACAUAGUGAUGGGACAACACUUCCCCUUUCCUUUGUAAUUAAUCAGGAUUUAGAAAUGAAAUGCCAAGACUCUGAUAAAACUUUGAUCUGUUUAAUUUUGUUUAUUUACUGGAGAAGGAUUAUAGAGGCCAAAACUUGCCUUCUGGAAUCCCAACGUAUGGGUGUGUUUCUUUUAUAAAAUAAAAAAUUAUCCUAAAUUAA